UGUGUGCCAGGUCAUCCAGGCUAAUCACUUUGAGUGCUUUGUGGAAAACUGCUGUUAGUUAAGGCUGCAUCAUACUGUUCCACCAAAGGAAAAAAACAUGAAUACGUUGAGGGGUGUAUUUAGCAGACAGAAAUGCAUCCAAGACAACCUGACUCUCCUUUUUUCUCGUAACGUCUACACGCUUGAACGUUUGUGAGUUGUAGUUUCUCUUCGUUGGAAAGGAGAAGAAAAAGCAAAGAGUUUAGUAGAACGGUCUUCAUUGAAGCCUCGGUGUCUUUCAGCUCCUGCCAGCUUAAGCACAGAUGGCUAUCUGAUUAAUGAAAAACAAACAAGAUGAAACUGCUACGAACUAUGAAUUACACCAAGUUUAACUAAUGCCAAGCUGUUCAGCCUGCACGUCUGUUGGGAAUUCACAACACCCAAGUAGAGAAGUUGGAGUAUUAGAACUGGAAGUGUUUUUCGCAGGACCUUUACAAUGGAGCAUUGUGGUAACAAAGGAAAGGAGAGAAUGGGGAACUCCGAAAGUCAGUACAGUGUUCAGGGAACACAAAGCCAAGGCAGUAAUUCUCUGUCAGAUGUCAAGCAAAAGAGUUGUUCUUUGAAAAUACACAGUGGCCACAGUAAAGAGGAGAAACCUUGGACCUCUCCUAGGUGGGCACGGACCAACAGCAGCGCUAGCUACAAGUCUCGUUCCCUUGCAAGAAAUUGCCUGUCUCAAUGCAAAAGCAACCCUCCGUAUUCAUCAAAACAUGGGGACGUAGUGCUUAAGACAUCUAAAAGUUGUGGUCACCUUAAACAGAGAUCUGGUUUGUGCGGGGACUAUUGCCAGGCAAAUAACAACACAUAUAUGGCAGAUAAUGGGUAUCAUUAUGUUGGCAUUGACACCCCAGACGACUGCAGAGGAUGUAAUGGGCAUAUUUUAAGCUGUUAUGACAUUCAUGACAGCAUGUCAUUGGCACUGCAAGCUGAAGAAAGGAAAAGUCCAAAAGUUUUGAUCAAAACUCUUGGAAAGCUGGAUGGUUGUCUGAGAGUUGAAUUCCACAACAAUUCUGGAAACGGUAUGCCUUCAGAUGACUCUGAUGGACCAGUUCAGUUGCUCAGGUACUCCCCCGCAAUGGAGACAAAGGAUAUGCUUAAGAAUGAUCCUUGUAGAAACUCUGGUAUGGAAUUUACAGCAAGCCGCGGUUUGUCAGCAAGUGACUCCGGUCUAAGAUCAAGUAAAGGGAGUUCGCUAAGUUCUGACUCUUCAUGGUACGACUGUCCCUGGGGAAACAAUAGGGACAUUAAUGACUUGGAUGGCUCCUACUUGACCAGGACUUCAUUGGACACUAGUGUACAUGGUGCUCUUAUUCCCAAUGAGAGCGGUGUACUCUUCAACCAGACAUCUUCGCUCUCUUCACUUCGUGAAUUAUACAACUCGGAUUUAGGUGGUGGUUUAGCUCAAGGUCGACUCUCAGAUGAAUACAUAAGUUCUGGUCACACCUUAAGUAAUAGGGUUUCUUUUGCUUCUGAUAUUGACGUUCCAUCAAGAGUCGAACACAGGGCGCCAACUCAGUAUUCCUCAUAUACUCUGCCAUGCAGAAAAUCAAGGCCAUUAACCGAAGAAGCCUCUAAAAAAGAGACACUGAAAAACCGAAUGAGGCGUAUUAGUGACUGGACAGGCAGCUUGUCAAGGAAAAAAAGAAAGUUGCAGGAACCAAAAUCUAAAGAGGCAAGUGAAUGCUUUGACAGUGGCAUUGACGCCUUUACAGCUGAGACAAGCUCUCCUCCAUAUCUCUCCAGUACGAUGUGGUCUGGUGGCUCAGGACAGGUUAUAGCACAGAGGAGUAAGCCAACCAGUGCAAUCAGCAGUGACGUUCUUAGACAAAACAUCUAUGAAAAUUUCAUGAGGGAACUAGAGUUAGAUCGAACCAAUGUUGAAGAAGCUGCUACUCUGUCAGGUACAGAAGACUCAAGCAGUGACUCCCUAAGCUCCUUGGAACAACUUGACCUGCUGUUUGAAAAGGAGCAAGGGGUUGUUCGCAAAGCAGGGUGGCUCUUCUUUAAGCCUCUCAUCACCCUUCAGAAGGAGAAAAAACUGGAGCUGGUUAACCGGAGAAAAUGGAAGCAAUACUGGGUUACAUUAAAAGGUUGCACUCUGAUGUUCUAUGAGACCUAUGAAGGGAACUCUAUGGAGCAGAAUACCUCUCCCAGAUAUGCCCUGUUUGCAGAAGAUAGCAUAGUACAAUCAGUCCCGGAGCAUCCAAAAAAGGAGAACGUUUUUUGUCUCAGCAACUCUUUUGGAGAUGUGUAUCUCUUUCAGGCUACUAGCCAAACUGAUUUAGAGAACUGGGUUACUGCAAUUCACUCUGCCUGUGCAUCACUCUUUGCCAAGAAGCAUGGGAAAGAAGAUACUGUCCGACUUCUUAAAAGUCAGACCAAAAGUCUGAUGCAAAAGGUUGAUAUGGACAGCAAAAUGAAGAAGAUGGCAGAGCUGCAGCUCUCUAUAGUGAGUGACCCGAAAAACAGAAAAGCCAUAGAAAACCAGAUUCAGCAGUGGGAACAGAACCUGGAAAAGUUUAACAUGGAUCUCUUUCGUAUGCGCUGCUAUUUAGCAAGCCUGCAAGGAGGGGAACUGCCAAACCCAAAAAGCCUAUUAGCAGCCGCAGGGCGGCCAUCCAAGUUGGCACUGGGGAGGCUUGGUAUCUUCUCUGUCUCUUCUUUCCAUGCAUUGAUUUGUUCUCGAGAUGAGUCUGCCCUGAGGAAACGGACAUUUUCUAUUUCACAAAAAGUGCAGAUUAAGAAGAGUUUAUUUUCAUCACUUAAAGGAAUUGAUACCCUGGCGAGGAAGGGGAAAGAAAAGAGACCUUCGGUAACUCAGAUUUUUGAUACUAAUAGUAGUCAGUCUGGCUCUGGGACACAGAUUCCACCCAAUUUAAGUGGUUCCAGCGAGCAUGUUGAUGAGUUGAUGAAUAUAUACAACUCGGUCCCAGAGGACACCCACAAAGAAAUCUCUUGGGAAAUCCCUAUAUUCAUCCAUUUUUAUGACAACCACGAUGUUACAGUUAACCUCAGACCGGAACACAGGGCAGAAGACAUCUUAAAUUUGGCUUGUAAAGUGCGGCAACUGGACCCCAGUUUUUUUUCUUUGCAUUUACGAAAAAAUGUGGAUGAGAAUAUUGAAUAUUAUCUACCUUCUCCAGUGGACUACAUGCAAGACCAGGUGUAUGAUGAACUAGAAAUAUUUCCUUUGGGCGUUUACAAUAUACACCUUUUAAAGACUGGAACUAUAACGGAUUUUGGAUUUGCUGUUGCUGCUCAGGUAGAUGAACAUAACAGUCUUACUCAUAUCUAUGUAAGUUUUGUUCAUCCAGAUGGAUUGGCCUAUAGGGAAGGCUUGCGAACAAAAAAUGAAAUCCUUUAUAUUAAUAGUGAAGCAGUGAUAGACCUUGAUCUCAGGAAAAUGGAGUUAUUAUUCUCAAAAAGGAGCGUCUUGCUUUCACUGAGGAAUUGUCAAACAGAAGCCAAAUCGUCACUAAGCUCAUCAUGGUCAGAAAAUUACAAGUUCAACGAUCAGAUGAGACCUUUACCACCACUUAACCAGUCUCAGCUCUUGGAGGAAUUUCUCGAUAAUUUCAGAAGGAAUUCUAUGAAAGAUUUAAGCAAUGUGCCAGAUGUUGCUAUUGGCAAUCUGAAAAGAAGUAAUACAGAUGACGCUUUGGAUCAGGUGCAGUGCAGGUCAAGAAUGGACCAUACCUAUAAGAGUGCUGAUCAAAUCUCUGCACUUUGUCAAAGCAUGCAGGAGGUAAACCAGGACAUGAUGGAUGGGCAAAAUGACAGCCCAGAGCCACUCAGGAGACCAUUGGCUCGACACCUGUCGGAUGCAGACAGGCUUCGCAAAGUUAUACAAGAACUUGUGGACACUGAGAAAUCCUAUGUUAAGGAUUUAAGUUGUCUGUUUGAAUUAUACUUGGAUCCUUUGCAAAAUGAAACCUUCCUUACUCAGGAUGAGAUGGAAUCUUUGUUUGGAAGUCUGCCUGAAAUGUUGGAUUUUCAGAAGGUAUUCCUACAAACCUUAGAAGAUGGCAUUUCCAGUGCUGUUGACUUUCAUGUGCUUGAAACACCAUCUCAGUUUCGGAAAUUGCUCUUCUCCCUUGGAGGCUCAUUCCUGUAUUAUGCUGACCACUUUAAACUAUACAGUGGAUUUUGUGCAAACCAUAUAAAGGUGCAAAAAGUUCUAGAAAGAGCUCGAACAGAUGCAGCCUUCAAGGAAUUUUUGGAUGCCAGAAAUCCAACCAAACAGCAUUCUUCCACUCUUGAGUCGUACCUUAUCAAACCAGUACAGAGGGUGCUAAAAUACCCACUGCUGUUGAAAGAGCUGGUAUCUCUAACUGACAAUGACAGUGAAGAACACUACCACCUAACAGAAGCACUUAAAGCAAUGGAGAAAGUAGCUAGUCACAUUAAUGAAAUGCAGAAGAUCUAUGAAGAUUAUGGAACAGUGUUUGAUCAGUUAGUGGCAGAACAGAUUGGAAACAAGAGAGAGGUCACAGAACUAUCCAUGGGAGAGCUCUUGGUGUAUUCUACUGUCACCUGGCUAAAUAUAUUCCCAUCUCUUGGCAAAACACGGAAGGAAUUAGAACUAACAGCGUUUGUGUUCAGGAGGGCAGUCAUCUUGGUACACAAAGAAAACUUCAAACUAAAAAAGAAGACUAGUCAAAAUACACGUGCCUCUCAAAUUUACAGUGAUAUAGACCAGUUCAAAUUUCGUUGGUUGAUUCCUUUGUCUGCCCUUCAAGUCAGAAUGGGAAAUGCAGCAGGAACAGAGAAUAACUGCAUGUGGGAACUUAUCCAUACCAAAUCUGAGGUUCAGGGCAGGCCGGAGACGUUGUUUCAGCUGUGCAGCAGUGAUUGCGAAAGUAAAACCAGCACAAUUAAAGUUAUCCGUUCUAUUCUGAGAGAAAACCUAAGGCGAAAUAUAAAAUGUGACUUCCCUUUGGAGAAGACCUACAAAGAUAAGCUGGUUCCUUUAAGAAACAGAAUUCCACUGUCUGCAAAACUAGCAUCCACAAGAUCAUUAAAGGUGCUUAAACACAGCCCAAGUACUGACUGGAAUAACAGCAUGGGCAAAGGUAAUGGACAGGAUUCAGACGAUGGCAGCCUAAGCAGUGGCACACAUAGCAGUGGUUGUCCUACCAUUGAAAGCUUUCAAGAUCUAAAAAGUCGCUCUCCUAUCAAACCUCUGCAGACAAGCCCAUCGGACCACCCAAGCACAAGAGUCAAGGAAUCUGAUAUUCUUAGUGAUGAGGAUGAAGAUUAUAGGCUUGCUAAUUUGACAACCGAGUCAACAAAUAUGAAGAGUAACCCAACACAAGGCAUCGAAGUACAGUUCCAAAAUUUAAAUCUUUCAGAACUUGCGAAUACUGAAUUGAAGAAUUUGGAGUCCAACGCUACUGACAGGGAAGGUAACUUUCAGUUAAAGGAACAUCCAAAGCUUGUAAGGGGGCAUUUCUGUCCAAUUAAACGAAGGGUGUUCAACGUAAAAGCAGACAAGACAAUUACAAAGGCAAUGAAAGACCAUCACCAGUCUCUUGACAACCAGUCCGAUAAUGCAAGCAUUGAUCUGAAUGCAAUUUUGGAGAGGGAAUUUAGUAUUCAAAGCCUAACUUCUGUUGUAAAUGAAGACUGUUUUUAUGAAACUGCUGGCAAAUCCUAGCUUUUGCUGAAAGCAAGAAAAUCCAAAGCAGGAUAAAACAAUUUGUUGAGUAAAAAACUAACUGGGAAACUGUUACAAAUCUCUACAUAAAGUGACAUUAAACUUGUACAGUCUAUAUUUGUUUCAGUUGACGUGCCCUUGUUCUGUUCACACUAGGCAUGGACUAGUAAUUGCUGUAAAUUACUUAGUGUGUCUGUUUAGUUUUGUGCACUACUUCAUUUUUCCACACCUUAAGUUAUUUUUUUUUAUUUAUCGUGUAUGUAAAAAAAAAAUGAAUAAAUGACCAAAUUCAGAAUUUUUGAACAGGUAUUAAAAUGUUGUCAUUGGCUUAAUAAUAAUUUAUAGAAAAUUAUAUCAUUUAUGCAUGACUUUGAGCAGCUGAUAGCUAUUUUUAUUUUUUGUGAAACUGAAACGCAUUAUGUUUUUGAGCGGUCAAGAAAUCUGACCUGACUGUUCAUUUGAGCUGUUCAAAUGGCAACUGUGUAUACACAAAAAAAAAAAAA